CGAUGAUAAUUUUGCUGCAUGAAGAGUCAAGACUUCACUGGUUAUUCGACCACUUAAAGUCCAUCAUGGGGCCACUUGUAUCUGCAAAUGCCCCAUUCUUCGUUUUGCAUGUCCACAUCCACACCUCCCCCCAGUGAUGAAACUGCAACGCAGGUUUCCGAAAGCGCCUUGCCACCUGUCAAAAGCACCGGAAACCUCGGGGAUGCCAACCACUCAGACGCGCAAGAUUUUCCCGAGGGUGGUUUUGGAGCCUGGGGCACAGCGCUAGGGGCUUUCUUGAUCCAAUUCUGCGGCUUUGGAUAUACCAGCGCUUUUGGCGUCUUUCAGGACUUUUAUACUCGAACUUACUUGACCAAUUCCACACCAUCUGAAAUUGCCUGGAUAGGAAGUGUCAAUGCGUUCUUGAUAUUGUCAGCUGGUCUCGUAUCAGGAAGGUUGCUUGACCGGGGUGCAUUCUAUCCUUUGAUGAAAAUCGGCUGUCUUCUCCAGUGCUUCUUCCUCUUUAUGCUGUCCCUAGCGAAGCCAAAUGGAUAUUAUCAAAUCUUCCUUUCUCAAGGUAUCGGUUCUGGGGUUGCAAUAGGCAUUACGAAUGUUCCCUCCAUCGCUGUGGUAUCUCAUCACUUCCAACGACGCAGAGCUUUUACGAUGGGACUCGUCGUUGCGGGGGCGUCGUUGGGCUCAAUAUUGCACCCUAUCAUGCUUAACCACCUUAUCAACGAAAGGCUUGGUUUUGCAAGUGGGGUCCGUGCAAGUGCGGGCUUGAUUAGCGGUCUGCUUUUCAUAGCUUGUCUCCUGAUGCGAACAAGGCUUCCACCGCAACUACAGGCCGUUAGCUACACUCAUGUUCUGCAAAACUCAUUGAGGGACCCUGCAUAUGUCUGUGCGUGUCUAGGGAUGGCCGGUUUAGAAGUCGGAUUUUUUUUCGAAGCUUUUUAUCUCCAAUUAGACUCCAGAUUGCACGGUCUAAGCCAAAGAUUUUCGUUUUAUUCACUCACAAUCCUUCACACCGGUUCUUUCGUCGGCAGACUUACUGCAGGUGUUGUCUCUGCCUACGUGGGCGUCCCAAAUACAGUCAUCGGCUCCUCAUUAAUAUCCUCCGCCAUAAUAUUUGCAACGAUUGGGUUACGCUCAAUGGCGAGUGUGACAUUGAUAGGUGUUAGCUAUGGUUAUUUUGCUGGAGUCUACGUAGGAAUGAUGGCCCCAGUGGUAUCGUAUCUGACUCCUGAAGUCUCAGAUAUUGGCGUUCGCAUUGGAAUAUCGUUUGCAGUAGCUGCCAUUGGAUCGCUCGUAGGUGCACCAAUUUGCGGGGCUUUCCUGACCUCGCAUUAUAUCUGGU